AUGAGCGAGGAAGAUUUAGAGAAUGAGUACAACGACUUCGUCGAAUACUCCAAAGAAGGCAUGGAGGAUGACGAAGAGCAAGAUGAGUUGGAAGCGUCUGAGGAAUGGAGGGAGAAGAUGCAAGAGAAUUCAGAGUUGGCAUCUGGGCAAGAACUAGAUGACGAGUUCUGUGUCCCUGAAUACCGUGGCUAUAAUCCGAAGUCAGAGAUUACCGAAGAUGUAAGUCAUUAG